AUGGCUCCUUCUGUGCUACCCUUUCGCGACAUCAACCUGCACGCCUCUCCCUCUCAUUAUGCGUUCACUUCUCCAUCAUCACCUAAUGCUCAGACGCUCGUUGUCGACCGUCCAACCGGCGACCUGCGACUUGCGGAUGGUACCCUGUCCGGCGCGAAACGCAUAUCUAGCAUCGCUGGUAUCUUGGGUAUGAUCAAGCUCAAACUGGACAAAUACAUUAUAGUCAUAACAAAAGCCCAACCCAUGGGUAGACUUCGCGGACACAUGGUAUACAAGGUCGCCGCCACUGAGUUCUUGCCCCUCCGCGAGCGUCCACUGCACGAUCAUGAUGAAGACACCUACCUGGCACUGUUGAAAGAAUUGCUCCGAACUGGACCGAUGUAUUUCUCCUACGCAUUGGAUCUUACCAACAGCUUCCAGCGUCAAUCGCAAAGUGAUCCCAGCCUUCCCCUGUGGAAGCGCGCUGACGAUCGGUUUUUCUGGAAUCGCUUCAUUCAAUCGGACUUGAUAGAUUUCAGUCUCGGGGCACAUGAUGCGACCGGUACGCGCUACGGCCCACAACCCGGAGCCGACCCCUUCAUCCUCCCGGUCAUAUUUGGAAUGCUCCGUAUUACCCCGGCCAGGGUCAAAUCAACAUCAUUUACUUUUGCCCUUAUCACCAGGAGGUCUAGGCAUCGUGGUGGGACCAGAUACUUCUCGCGCGGCAUAGACGAGCACGGCCAUGUUUCGAACUAUAAUGAGACGGAACAGAUCGUGAUACUUAAUGAUGCGGCGGGAGGGCUCUCUGGUUUUGCGCCGGGACAGUCUAUGACCAAGGAUAAAUCCGGUGGCUCGGGCCAGGAUCUGCAGGUCAUGUCCUUCGUCCAGACCCGAGGAAGUGUACCCGUAUACUGGGCCGAAGUGAACAACCUCAAGUACAUACCGAAACUUCAGGUUCGCGGAGUGGAGACAGCUGUUGAUGCUGCACGCAAGCAUUUCUCGGAGCAAAUCAGAAUUUACGGCGAGAAUUACAUGGUCAAUCUUGUCAACCAAAAAGGCAGGGAGGAGCGUGUGAAGGAGGCCUAUGAGCAGCUGGUACGCAUAUUGGUGUCUUCGUCGAUUGAGGACACCGAGGCCGAUGAAAACACUUCCGAGAAAGUCCAUGUGGUAGAGCCCAGCCAGAGGCAAAAAGAACUGGACCGCCUGCAUUACAUUUACUUCGAUUUCCACAAUGAGACCAAAGGCCUGAGAUGGCAUCGUGCUGAGCUGCUUUUAGAACGUCUUGUCGAUGGACUCUCACGAGGCGGGUACUUCCGUGGCGUUGAGGAUCCCGGUGCCCCUGGCGGAUUGUUAGAAAUUCGGUCCCUUCAGUCAAGCGUCGUCCGGACCAAUUGCAUGGACUGCCUUGACCGGACGAAUGUGGUGCAGAGUAUGCUUGGGCGAUGGGCUGUGUCGCGGCAGCUCAUGGACGCAGGAGUCCUUCGUCCAGGCGAAGCAGCUAAUGACGAUCGGGAGUUUGAGAACCUGUUUCGUAACAUUUGGGCUGAUAAUGCGGAUGUUGUCUCGAAAGCCUAUUCUGGCACAGGAGCCCUCAAGACGGACUUCACGCGCACCGGUCAAAGAACCCGGGCUGGAAUGGUGCAGGAUCUGUGUAAUUCCAUCACCCGCUAUAUCCGCAACAACUUCCUGGACGGCCCCAGACAAGAUGGGUUUGAUGUGUUCUUGGGCACCUAUCUGCCUCCUGAUUCUGCUCUUGGCAACAUCCAGCUCUUCGUUGACCGCAGGCCGCUGAUCAUCCAGUCAAUCCCUUACAUCCUUGCUGCAGGCCUGUUCAUGAUCUUUGUUUCCAUUUUCACGAGGCGGUUGCCGGACUCUGCCGUCUGGCCUAUCCGCAUAUUCGUCUUUUUCUGGAUGAUUGUUUCGGCCUGGUGCGCACGCUUCAUCUUCGCGCAUGGCAUGCUCUAUGUCAACUGGCCAAAACUGAAUACUCCUACGGCUGGAUCCGAAGGCUAUCAGGAUGCACUCAUCAAAGCACGUUCCGACCCAAUCGUUGGACAAUUCCUCCCUGCGAGAAGGCAUCAAAGAGGUUACAGCAAUGCUCGCCUGGUUUUCUUGGAAGAAGGUAAAACCAGGAUUGAGUGA